GGACGUUUCAUCGCUUUUGUAAGGUCUGUUUUCGUUUUAAUCUUUGACAGAGUGAGAGCGAACGAGCCGGGCGGCAGGCAACGACACCAGGCGCGGGUGGCCGGCUCAUUCGUCCUUCGGUGCAAUAAUAAUAUUCUGUGCUUUUUGUACAGUUUGGCUGCCUCGUUUGUCUGAUGUUCCGUUGCUCUGCUCGUCGUGUGCUCGUAAUCAACACGUUCUGCUCACGUCAAUAAUUAUUUAAGUGCUCAAAAUUCAUUGUGUGAUCUACUUUUGUGUUAUUAAAAUCAACAGUUUUGCAAAUGUUAAAUUGAUUUCAAAAACGAAACGUAAAGAUAAACAGUGAGCAAUAUUCAAAAUGUGCGGCUGCGUGAGAGUUCUCCGCAUUGGCAAGCCGCUACCCAAAGCAUGGCAACGAAGACUGUUCAGCUCAUCCUCAACACCACCACCCGUUCAAGGAGUCCCAUACACUAAACUUAGUGUCGGAGUACCGAAGGAAAUAUGGCAGGAUGAACGGAGGGUAGCAGUUGUACCGGCAGUAGUUAGUAAAUUAGUAAAAAAGGGAUUUAGCGUUAAUAUCGAAGAAAAUGCCGGAGUACUAGCAAAUUUUCCAAACAAGACUUAUGAAGAGGCUGGCGCGAAAAUCACUACGUUAAAGGAUACCUAUCAAUCAAAUAUAAUUUUAAAAGUGAGACCGUUAGCUGAGAGUGAAGUUCAAAAUGUAACUGAGGAAUCUACGCUUAUAUCGUUCUUUUAUCCGGCUCAAAAUCAAAAUCUAAUACAAAAAUUGGCAGCUAAGAAAAUAAACGCAUUUGCAAUGGACUGCAUACCACGUAUAAGUCGAGCGCAAGUAUUCGACGCUCUGAGUUCUAUGGCGAAUGUGGCUGGAUAUCGAGCGGUCAUCGAGGCAGCUGCACAUUUUCCACGCUUUUUUUCUGGUCAGAUGACGGCAGCGGGUCGCGUGCCUCCGUGCCGUGUGCUGGUGAUAGGCGGUGGGGUGGCCGGCCUGGCGGCGGCCGCGCAGGCUCGCUGCAUGGGCGCCGCAGUGCGAGCCUUUGACACGCGUCCUGCUGUACGCGAGCAAAUCGAGAGUCUGGGAGCGCAGUUCAUCACAAUGGAUGUCAAACAUACCCAGGAAGAAGGAGCAGGCGCAGGCGGUUACGCCAAGGAGAUGAGUGAAGAGUUCCUCAAUGCUGAGCGAACAUUGCUGGGCAAGGAAGCCAGGACAUCUGACGUAGUUAUAAGUACAGCCCUUAUUCCUGGAAAACCUGCACCUGUGCUUAUUUUAGAGGAUGCCGUGCGGGACAUGGCACCCGGCAGCGUGAUAGUGGACCUGGCAGCUGAAAUGGGGGGCAAUGUACAAACGACCACGAAGGGCAAGAUCACAAAGGUGUAUGACGUCACGCACAUCGGCCUAACAGACUUGCCCAGCAGGAUGCCCGCACACGCCUCCACACUGUACGCCAAUAACAUAUCUGCCUUUCUGUUUAGUUUAGGUAACAAUGACCACUUUUACAUCAACCUCGAGGACGAGGUGACCCGCGGCGCCAUAGUGUUGAAAGCCGGUGAGCUGUUGUGGCCGCCGCCGCCCGCGCCCAGCAUGCCGCCAGCAGAAACGCCGGUCAAAGCCACCGCUGCUGCCAAAGUUGAACCACCGAACCCCUUCAAUGAAACUUUGAAGGACACCUUCCUAUAUUCUACGGGUUUAGCUAGUUUAAUAGGACUCGGGAUUGUGUCUCCGAACCCUGCAUUUACAACUAUGACGACGACACUCGCAUUAUCGGGUGUGGUAGGCUAUCACACAGUAUGGGGCGUAGUGCCGGCUUUGCACUCCCCCCUGAUGUCCGUGACCAACGCAGUAUCCGGCAUCACUGCUGUGGGCGGACUGUUACUGAUGGGCGGCGGUUAUGUGCCUGAGACCCCUGUACAGUGGUUAGCCAGUACUGCAGCACUCAUCUCAUUUGUUAACGUGUUCGGUGGAUUUUUAGUCACACAGCGCAUGUUGGAUAUGUUCAAACGGCCAGGAGACCCACCAGAAUACGGCUACCUGUACGCCAUUCCUGCCGCAGCGCUGCUUGGGGGAUACCUAACUACCGCAAUGCAGGGAUAUCCUGAAGUACACCAAAUGGCAUACCUCGCUUCAUCAUUGUGUUGCGUCGGCGCUUUGGCCGGCCUCAGUUCGCAGACCACUGCGCGUAAAGGAAAUUAUCUCGGAAUGAUUGGUGUUACGGGAGGAAUUGCGGCUACAUUGGGGAUGCUGACGCCCAGCGCAGAAGUGUUGGCGCAAAUGCUUGGCGUGGCCGGCAUCGGAGGCCUUAUUGGAAGCGUUAUAGCUAAGAAGAUCGAGAUAACCGACUUGCCUCAACUUGUAGCUGGUUUCCACAGUUUGGUAGGCAUGGCGGCAGUACUGACGUGCGUGGCGACGUACAUGCACGACUUCCCCGCCAUGGCGCUCGACCCCACGGCGACCACGCUCAAGACAUCGCUCUUCCUCGGCACUUACAUAGGAGGCAUCACAUUCACCGGUUCACUGGUCGCGUACGGGAAGCUGCAAGGCACACUGUCAUCAGCGCCACUGCUGCUGCCGGGUAGACAUGCGAUCAACGCUGGCUUACUGGCGGGCUCCUUAGGCUGCGGCGGCGCUUUGAUCGCGUUCCCUGAGGCUCCUGGGCUGCCUCUGCUGUCCGCUGCUGCCAUACUGAGUGGCAUUCAGGGACUGACCUUGACCGCUGCUAUUGGAGGUGCGGACAUGCCAGUGGUUAUAACCGUGCUGAACAGCUACUCUGGUUGGGCGCUGUGUGCGGAGGGCUUCAUGCUCAAUAACUCACUGAUGACCAUCGUCGGCGCGCUCAUCGGUAGCUCGGGAGCUAUCCUCUCUUACAUCAUGUGCAAGGCCAUGAACCGUUCGCUGCCGAACGUUAUCCUGGGCGGCUACGGUGUGAUCACGGGCGGCUCGGCGCGGCCAGCGGGCGCCACUCACACCGAACUGAACGUGGACUCUGUCGCAGACCUCAUCGAGCGCGCCUCCUCCAUUAUCAUCACUCCUGGUUACGGAUUAUGCGUAGCCAAAGCUCAAUAUCCGAUCGCUGAAUUAGUGGACUACCUCAAGGGCAUCGGCAAGAAAGUGCGUUUUGCUAUACAUCCCGUUGCAGGGCGCAUGCCUGGUCAGUUGAACGUGCUACUGGCUGAAGCGGGGGUGCCGUAUGAUGACGUCUUGGAAAUGGAGGAGAUCAAUGAAGACUUCCCCGAAACCGACCUUGUGCUUGUUAUUGGUGCCAACGACACGGUCAACAGCGCCGCAGAAGACGAUCCGAACUGCCCGAUCGCGGGUAUGCCUGUACUUAAAGUGUGGAAGGCUAACCAGGUGGUAGUCAUGAAGAGAUCGAUGGGCGUCGGCUACGCUGCCGUGGAUAACCCUAUCUUCUACAACCCAAAUACUGCCAUGUUGCUGGGAGACGCCAAGAAGACUUGUGAUGCACUCCUCGCUCGUAUCAAGAACAUGGCCGCGUAAAUACAGUACAUCACUGCCUCUCUCAAACUUGUGUGGUACGGAUUUCCCACCAUUUCAACCGAUGAUAUGGUAUCGGUCUAUGAUGAUACCGAUAAUGUCGCUAAGUUCCGGUUCGCGAAAGACGCAAACACGUUACUGUGGUGUUGUCUGUCAUGACGCGACAGAAAGUGACGGUCGGAUGAUGGCAACUCUUUGUCAAUCAUCAACACGGUCGCUUAGUAUGAGAGCUUGUAUUAAAUAGUGAAUGUAACGCCAUAAAUAUUUGACGUACUUAUUUAGAUUAAUCGAAAAUUUAAAACGGUUACUAAACGUAUUUUAA